CUAAUUGGCAGUAACUGCCCCAUUUUCCCGAUUGUAUUGAAUAGCUACUCUGAAAUCAGUAAAUCGACAUGCGAAAAGUUCUGCAAAAUAAUCUUGAACUGUCUUCCUCAGGCUCCAUCUUAUCACCUCAUUUUGGAGGGCAUCCUCAUUUUAUGGAUAAUCAGGCUUCUCUUCUCUAAAACGUACAGGCUCCAUGAGACGAAUAAACUGACUGAAAAGGAAAAGGAAGAUCUUAUUGAGGAGUGGCAGCCUGAACCUCUUGCUCCUACGAUUUCCAAAGAUUCACCCUACAUUACCUACGAUGUUGUCACAGGACCUCCCAGCCACAAAAUCAUAAUCAAUGGAAAAGAGUGCAUUAACUUUGCAUCAUUUAACUUCCUGGGUCUCCUGGACAAUGAACGAGUCAAGCAAAAGGCACUGUCAUCCUUGAAGAAAUAUGGAGUCGGAACAUGUGGUCCUAGAGGAUUCUAUGGAACAUUUGGUACGUGAUAUAUAUAUAUUUUUUCUUGCUAAUUCUUUUGUUA